UGACAAUAAGUUUCAGAUAAGUCCUGUAUGCUAAAAUGUGUUAAAAUAAACCUGGUAUGUUUUGGUCCUAAACUAGACACCUGCUUUUUUUAAUGUAGGUUCUGUUUUCUUGUUUCCAUUAUUUUCUUGAGGGCCUGUUGGAAAUUUAACAAAUUAUCAUAACUAAUUAACAGUUAGGUUUUAAGACAUCUUAAAUCAUUUCGCUCUCGGUUUUACAGGAAAGUCAUGUUUGUUUUAAAGACGAUAUUAUUCAGUGAAGACAAGUGAGCAAUUAUUCAGUCUGCAUGUAUGCCAUAAAUUUUCCAACCAAAAAAAACAAAACAAAAAAAAAACUUGCGCUGCAUUGCACGGAUUCUUUCCUUUCUUUCCAAAGCUGAACAACAGGUCACAUUAUUCAGUUAAGUACUGUAACUGAAUUGGCAUUCAUUCAAAAGAAAAGAAAGGGCUGAAACUCUGAGAAAGAACUCCACUGUUAUCCUCAAUUUGAUGGGUAACGGAUUCUGCACUCAACAUUACAAAGGCCACUAAAGACCAUCUGCACUUUUGAGAAACAAACUAAAAUGGGGAGAUGGGGCCAGCUGCUUAGCAACCCUCUCUCAGUUUCUAUAUAUAUCUUUUAAGACAGACUUAAAGUUCACAUUUACCAAAAUAUGUAAAAUAAUAACCCAGUCAAACAUAAAGCAGAAGAUGUGGCAGCUAUAACAAAUAUGACAUUUUCCAAUAAAUGUGACUUAUUUUUAGUUUACCUAUUGGAGAAACAGUAACAGCCCUUUUAAGGAAAGCAAGUCCUUAAAUUUAAAUUUAUUCGUUUAACGGACACAUUUUUCCAAAGUGGUGUACAACUUCAGUGAUGACAAAUUCUGCAUUUGGUCCUUAAUUUGAAACAGCCGGGCAUUAAUAGUCUCAUACAUUAUGAGCGCAACUUGACUGUAAUAUUGCAAGUCGCCUGAACAAAGAUGUCCCGUAAUAAUAAUAUGAUGAGAGAUCCUGCAUUUGGUCCUUAAUUUUAAACAGCCGGGCAUUAAUAUUCUCAUGCAUUAAGCGCAACAUGAUUAUACUCUAAGUGUAAUAUUCCUUUUGCAAGUCACCUGGACAAAGAGCAGGUAUAUAUAGUAUAGUAUAAUAACACUACAAUCGUGGGUUUCAUGAUUAAUAAUGGUUGACUUAAGGGGGGGGGCCGUGCGUUUGAAUAGGAGCCUCAUCCCCUGGAUUAAUGGAAGCUUCUCUCUCCAGGGAAUCGUGGGGAUGCACGAGCCUCUAUUGUGCGUGUUUUUCAUGUCGAUCCUAAUAGGAAGGCAGGUAUUAUUACAGCGCGAUUGACGAGCGAGUGGAUGAGACGAAAUGUACAGCGUGACUCGCGUCUCCCUGUCUAGGCUCAGCCCGUGACUCGGUUCCUGGGCUCAUAUUUGGCGACGCUCCCAGCGGAGCGCGCGCGCUCCGCUCUCUGUCUCGGGCUUUUUUAACCACUCUUCGCCGCGCGUCUCGCGCACCGCCGUCUGCGCGCCGCAUUCGCAGCGCAGCGACUCGCAGCGCGGCCGGAUUAGCGCCUUGGGCUGCAGGGGCUCCGUUCAUCACAGACAGAAGAACAAAAUCUGCACAGACAGAGGUGAGGGACGUUCGAGCCGUGGGGUUCUACUGGAGCGCCUCGGAAGGAUGGGGUCUGCCAGGGGAGGCUGCGCAAGAUGCACCUUAUGGUUAUGGCUCUGGAUCUGGAUGGCAUGUGCCCUGCUGGCGGUGGAGCCCAGGAGGUCCAGGCAACCCCGAUGCCCCUUGUCGUGUACCUGCACCAAAGACAAUGCCCUGUGCGAGAACGUGCGGUCGGUGCCCCGCAGCUUCCCUCCCGACGUCGUCUCCUUAUCGUUUGUGAAAUCUGGAUUCAGUGAGAUCCCGGAGGGCAGCUUCGUCCACACGCCGGCCCUUCAGCUCCUUUUGUUCACAGCCAAUUCCUUUGAUUCAAUAAAUGAGGACGCUUUCCUUGGCCUACCUCACCUGGAGUAUCUGUUUAUUGAGAACAACAAGAUCAAAUCCAUAUCCCCAUAUGCUUUCAGAGGUUUGAAAUCCCUAAUACACUUGAGCCUGGCCUAUAAUAAUCUGCAGACGUUACCCAGAGAUGUUUUCAAGGGAAUGGAAGCAUUAACAAAAGUGGAUCUUCGAGGGAACAUCUUCAGCUGUGAUUGCAAACUCAAGUGGCUCGUGGAAUGGAUUUACCAUACCAAUGCCACUGUGGACCAGAUAUACUGUAGCAGCCCUCCGCUGUACCAGGGGAAAAAAAUUAAUGACCUCCUUCCCCAGUCAUUUGACUGCAUCACAGCAGAAUUUGCGGCCUAUCAGUCUCUUAAAUUUGAGUCAAUUUCUGUGGAAUCUUUCACUUUUGGCAACGAUCAGUAUGUUGUGUUUGCACAACCCUUCACUGGAACCUGUAGUUUCCUGGAGUGGGAUCAUGUGGAAAUGGUCUUCCGAAAUUAUGACAACAUUGAAAGCACCUCCACUAUUGUGUGCAAGCCCUUGGUGAUUAAUAACCAGCUGUUCAUUAUAGUUGCACAGCUCUUCGGGGGCUCUCACAUCUAUAAGCGAGACAUGUCAGCAAACAAAUUCAUUAAAAUCCAAGAUAUCGAUAUCCUCAAAAUAAGGAAGCCCAACGACGUGGAAACCUUCCGCAUCGACGGCGAAUCCUUCUUCGUCAUUGCCGACAGCUCCAAAGCAGGCACAACAACCGUGUACAAGUGGAACGGAAACGGCUUCUACUCCCAUCAGUCCCUGCACCCGUGGUACCGCGACACGGAUGUCGAGUACCUGGAGAUCGCCGGGAAGCCGCACCUCAUUUUGUCCAGCAGUUCCCAGAGGCCUGUGAUAUACCAGUGGAGCAAGAGCCAGAAGUUGUUUGACCGACGCACGGACAUCCCAGAGAUGGAGGACGUCUACGCCGUCAAGCACUUCAAAGUGAAGGCAGAGCUCUUCAUCUGCCUGACCCGGUUCAUUGGGGACUCCAAAGUGAUGAAGUGGGAUGGCGCCAUGUUCACUGAGGUCCAGACAAUGCCAUCACGGGGUUCCAUGGUGUUCCAGCCUUUUUCUGUCGACAACUGGCACUACGCUAUCCUGGGAAGCGACUACUCCCUCACCCAAGUCUACCGUUACGAUCCGAAGAAAGGCCAGUUCAUUCACGUACAGGAACUGAACAUCCAGGCGCCCAGGGCCUUCUCUCUUGUGUCCAUUGAUAACCGUGAGUUCUUGCUUGCUUCUAGUUUUAAGGGCAAAACUCAGAUCUAUGAGCACUUGAUGAUUGAUUUGAGUAACUAAAAGGCCAAGACAGAGAAUGUGUGAGCGUGUGUUUUGAGGGGGAAAAGAACUGUGGUUGCGGCCGUCUUUGGGAGAGAUGGACUUUCCAUUGGACUACGUGCAUGAUGAACUCAACUAAUAAUUCUUCCAGAUGAAUGCCUUGCUAGAAAUAUCCAUCUUAUUAUUUUUUGUUGUUACCCACCGUAGAGUAGCUUUUGAUCAUUUCUUUAAAAAAAAACUAACAGAAGCCAUUGUUCGCUUAUUCUUUGCAACUACAAGCUGUACACACCAGUGCAAUCACAUCGGUAAAUGAACAAACUGUACUUUUUAAUAUAUUUAUUAACCCGUUUAGGAGAAAACAACCUGCCAAAAUAAAAUGUUUACAUUUUUCUGUCUUUACGGUUGUAAGCAAAAUAAUUUAUAAAUUGAGCUUUUGUAGAUAAUAGGGACCAUGCCAGUGAUAAAUAUUUCAUAUGGAGUUUUAAAAUCACAUUUGUAAUUGAAGAAUUUAACACGUCGCAAUGCAAGCCUAGAUGUUGUUGUUAGUGUUGUGAAUGUGUGGGAGGGGAUCUUGCCGAGUUUUAUUUUUAUUAUUGCUUGUUUGUAUUAACUGUAUAGUACUAAUAAAGAAAAUGUCAAUAAAAGCAGUUUUAUUUCCACUUUAUUUUCCUUUUUAUCAGGUCAUCUUUAUAGGAAUUUCCUGGUGAAAGUUUCCUCCCUGGGACUAGACACUGAAUUCACUUUUUGAUGCUUAUUAUCAUUAUUAUUUAAGUUUCUGAAGCUGACCCCCAUCUAAGGCAAUUUAG